GUUCCUUUGGGAAACUGUUUAUUGUGACUCAUUGUCACCUUGACGGUUGUCCAUACCUUAAUUCUCGCCUAGCAUGUCUGGAAUCUGUAGACCACGUCUUGCCGAGGAGCGCAAGCAAUGGAGAAAGGACCAUCCCUUCGGAUUCUACGCAAAGCCAGUGAAAGGUGCAGAUGGCUCCAUGAACCUCAUGGAGUGGGAAGUGGGUAUUCCUGGAAAGGCUGGUACGCCUUGGGAAGGUGGUCUAUUCAAGCUUACCAUGACCUUCCCUGAAGAUUAUCCGUCUAAACCACCGAAGUGUAAAUUCACGCCUCCUCUCUUUCAUCCAAAUGUCUAUCCGUCAGGAACCGUCUGUCUUUCCAUCCUUGACGAAGAAAAGUCAUGGAAGCCAGCAAUUACCAUAAAACAAAUUCUCCUAGGCAUCCAAGAUCUUUUGGAUGAUCCGAAUGUAAACGAUCCGGCGCAAAGCGACGCCUACACUAUGUUCAAAAACGACAAGGUUGCCUACGAGCGAAGAAUCCGGCAGCAAGCCCGGGAGAAUAUACCGAAAUAAAUUAACAACCGUGUGUCUGUAGUUAUCUCCGCAAUGAGAACAUCAGAAUCUCAAGUGGCAAUGUUCACAUUAUGGAUCUGACUCUUCUGCUUCCUAACCUUACUGGCCGUGAAUGAUGCACUUUUUAAGAUGGCGGAUCUAUUACAUGUGUGUCCAAGGAAUGCCUUUGAAGAAAUGGACACGUACGUCGCAUUCUGUACAGUCAAUGGUGUAGGUGGCUUGAAAGCGAGCACGUAAGGGGCACCCCUGGUUUAUA